CCAAAUACUCAAAUCAUAAUGAAUGUAAAACAUUUUUUGAAAAAGAUUAGCGUAAAAUUGUCAUCAUCUUCUGGAAAAUUGGCACGAUAAUGCCGGUUGGGAUUCUGACCCCAACUUGGCGUGUUGUGGUCGGAAGGCGAGUGUGUUUUCAUCAGUGAAAUUAUGUUCCAUGUUUCCCUCCAGGAACCGUUCAAUCCAGCCGUUGGAUCUUACAACAGCUUCCCGCACCCAGUGGGCGGAGGGCAGCCCCCUCAGCUGCCCACUUCUCCCCCCACAUACGAGUCCAUUGAUGACCUAAAACACUCUCUUCCUUCUCAGGCCAUCGGUCCCUCGUCACAGUUAUAUGACAACAACGCUCUCCCAGAACUUCCCUCGGUCCCGGACACGCUCCCUGCAACCUCCUUCAGCGGGAAUAACACCACUUCGGAAGACAUCGACUUUGAUGACCUCACGCGACGCUUUGAGAUGCUGAAGAAGAAGACUUAGGUGUCUUAACAAGUCCACGGGCUGGCGUUGUUGCCUGGGUACACGUGAGAACAGAAAGUAGAACAUGUUCACGGCUCUGCAUUUAUAUCCAUAUAUAAAAGAUAACAUUUUACUCUUUCCGACAUCAGUGAGGGUGGGCUUGCUCACUCAGAAUUGGUCAUGAUUUUAUUUUUAUCUUUUCCCCCUGAUUAUGAGUGCUGUCACCUGGGGCUUUAUACUUACUGGGAUGCUCUGAAGCUAACUCCAUAGAGUCAUUCUCACUUCAUCUUGCUUGGCCUCACAAUUGUCACAUUUUCCGUUUAUUGCUGUGAUAUGCGUCAUCAUUGAAUACUCUUUUCCCAGGUUUGCUGCCUGUCUAAUACCAACUGUUCAUGCCAUCAUUGUUGGCAUGCACUGUGAUGCUGUAAUCUUUCCUAUCGACUUGUUCUGUCUCAUCUCAGACCCGUUAAACUAGUCCGACUGCCUAGCCCGGCCUGUUUACAGGUUUGUGGGAUGAGGUUUCGAUUCCUGUAGUUAAUUUUAAAGAGGUUUCAGGGCACAUGGAAGCCAUUUGUCUUCUGUCUUCUGUUUUCUGUUACCCGCCUCGCCCGUGCAGUCCGUAUCUUAUACAUUCAUCUGGUGAUUGCAUGUUUUAUGAAGAAACUUGGGUGUGGUCGUUGGGGAGCGGUUUGUUUAUAUAUAUCUAAAUAAAAAAAUAACCCCUUCAGGUCUACCAAAUAUCUGUAGUGUAUCAAAAGACGACCCCACGCAAUUUAAUUUUAACAUGUAAAUUGUCACCCCACAGAGCUAUUGUGGAUUUAGAUCGUUCCCUAUGUUGUCACGUGUCUCACACUGUAUGCGCUCUGCUGCAUUUGCCUUAUUGUCGCAUCUCUCACCAGAGGCCUUGCUAGUCUGUACAAGGGGCGCGCAUCAUGCACUUGCUAUCCCUUAAGACUGGAUCCAUUUCCUCAGUCUUGUUUUGUAGAGGCGUCACAUUGCCCGUGAACUAUUUGGUUCAAAGUGAUGCUUUGAUAGCAUCGGAACUGUUGUCGUCCACAUACCUCGUGUCCUUCAACCUAACCACACCUAACGCUUAAGCCCUAAAGGACAGCUGCCUCAAAGGAAUGAUUCAGCCGUUUCUGGAAAGGUUCUGACAAAACUUAGGAUAAUGACACUGCAGAACUGCCCUCUUGCGUUUCACCAUGUUGGACAAUAAUGUGUGUUUUCCCCAUCAAAUAUAAUAAAAUGGCAAUUUAGUAAAAGUCUGUGAAGCUAGUUGAAAUGUUUUGUGUAACACUGAAUGCCAUCCUAUUAUCAUGGACUAAAUGUGUAACAAAAACAAAACUCACUUCAUUAAAUGUCACACAUUGUUUUAAA